CUCUGCUCGGGCUCCUCGGGAAACGUCCAGGUCGAGCACGUCUACCGGGGGACGGUCUCCGGCGUGCUCUUCAGAGACGACGACCACCGUGAGAUCGUCGUCGCCCUUAAGGGGACCACGUCCGACGAGGAAUGGCUCAUGGACUUCAAGAUCUACCCCAUGCCCUACCACUUCCUCAGCAAACGCAAGAAGGGCUGGCGCAAGUACUUCUCCUUCGACAGCGACUGCCGGGGCUGCACCGUCCACAAGGGCUUCUACGACGGCUCCAAGGAGAUCUACGACAACAUGUUCGCCCAGAUCGCCGAGCUUGCGCACGCCUACCCGGACUACACCCUAGUCGUCACGGGCCACUCCUUGGGCGGCGCCAUCGCCCCGAUCAUCGCCAACGAGUUGCUUUUCCUUCCCGCCGACAGGACCAUCACCGUCAUCUCCUUCGGCAGCCCCAAGAUCGGCAACAAGUUGUUCGCCAAGUGGGUCGACGAGGCCUGGAACACCCGCUACCACUACGACAACCUCCACUCCGGCCUGCACAAGUCUGCCUACAUCCGGGUCAGCCACAAGGACGACGUCGUCCCGCUGCUCCCAGUGAAACAGUUGGGCUUCUACCACUGCGGCAUCGACCUCUAC